AGUCCUAAUAUUUGUAUACUAAACCAUCAGCCUACAUAAUACCGCGCUAACAUAAAACCCUAGUUUUCGUCUUGCCGCUUCUUCUUCUCUCACAGCUGCUCAUCGUCUUCCCUCUGUUCAGAUCUCUGCAAGUGAAGAAUGGAAUCCCAGGUGAAACAUGCAGUGGUGGUGAAAGUUAUGGGUAGGACUGGAUCGAGAGGACAGGUGACUCAGGUGAGAGUCAAGUUUCUGGAUGACCAAAACCGUUUCAUCAUGAGGAAUGUUAAGGGACCGGUUAGGGAAGGCGAUAUUCUUACCCUUCUCGAGUCUGAAAGAGAGGCAAGGAGGUUGCGUUGAUGGGGCUGUUGCUUGCUUUCUCAUUUUUUUGUCCUUAUGUCUUAGAUAUUGUUUUAACAGUAUGUUUUUUGAUUUUAUGAUGGAAUUAUCACUAUUAAUAGACUGGGGAUUUUGGGAUGCCAUCUUUGUUUGCUAUCAUUUGAAAUUUUCGAUGUUGGAAAAGUACUAAAUUUUGGGUUUUUGCCUGCAGCGAGAUACUUAGUUGUGUUUACUUUGUUCUGAAAAAAAAAAAUCGCCUUCUUUUGUAGUA